AUGACGUAUCAGUUCUCUACCUCUGACAUUAUCACCACCCCUCAUGAGCCGUCCUCUGGCUCUUCUCAGCAGUUCCCCCAGGAUUCUCCACCUCCCCCUCCGCCUCCCCCGUUCCCUUCCCCUCCACCUUACCACUUUACCCAGGACCAGACCCCUGACAGCACUCCUCAGGAGUUUGUGGAGGAGCAACAUAAUGUUGCAGAUGUGCCCCAGCUGUGGAGUUACUUUGGAAACCAAGGGACAAGCAACUUCUCUCUGAGGCUGGCCGGUAUCCGACGUGCUAUGGAGGCUCUGACAUCCUCAGACAGUACCUCCCUUAAUUACCUCACCCACGCUGGGAGGAUGGUGUUGAGUGGACUGUCCGAGCUCAACCAGCAGAUCAACCACAUCAAUUUCACGGAUGUAUUUUAUGAAUUCGUUCUACUGAGCCUUCUUGAAGGAAAAACAUCUCUUCCAACAUCUAGGCCUGGUACCUUCUAUUAUCUGCUCAUGGAAGUGAUGAUGAGGAUUCGCCCUCCUGGAGGAGCCUGGACAGAGUCUGCUGGGAACUUCUACCUCCUCAUUAAGGAUCAGAUGAAGGCGUGGUUGGACUCCAUCUUCAACCUCGAUGAGUCCAUCUAUGAAAGCCCACAGAGGCUCUCGUGGCAGGUGAUGGAGAUUCUAGAAAUGCAGGUUGACUUCCUCCUGUCCAGCCUGGAUUAAGGGUCCCAAACUGAGCUGAGGA